AUGGAGUUGGAGAGGACAGAACACAAACCCCGCUCCGUGCUCUCUAUUCUGCGCAACGUAUUGGGAACUCAUGAUAAGGAGUGUGGAGUCAGCUGCGGCAUACAAAGCGAUCCGAUUCCUGGAAAGUUUCGAAAAAGAGCAUCCUACCCCUCCAGGGCAGGUCCGGUUUGCUGCAUAUCGACCGAUGGCAUGUUUUCUUUGCAUGGAAAUAUAGUGACUGUAAAUGAUGCAGAAGAAAUUUCCAUCAAUGUUACUGGUGCAUCGAGUAGUUUGCCAUGUGGCCAUUUCAAUCUCACCCGUAUGUCGAUUCCCAGGUUUGCCGCACCAAGCAGUGGACUGUCUUUAGGAAAAAGACAAUUGGGCACUACUGAUGAAGGCGGGAGUGCGGCAUAUGUGGUCCGUGGCCGGGCCUUAAAGAUGACUAUCAAGGGGGAAAAGAUGCUUCACAUGGAGAGCUGGUUGAGUGAGCAGCGCAUGGUUGGAGCGGGGAACAGUUAA